CGUGUGGAGAGAAGGUUGCUAUAUGUGGCUGAGUUGUGUAUUCAAGGAAAAAGGACGACCUCUUCCAAGAGCAGAAUGAUGGUAUGGAUGUUCCUGACUGAUCGAGGAUCUUACUUGAGGGAACAGGAAUCAUAGCAGACCUGGAUGUACACAGAGCCUGUGCCAUGCUCAUGAGGCUGAUACACGCACUCAACCUCAGCUACCCAAAAGAACUGGAAACCAUUAUUGAAGUGUUUCAAAAGAUAUUCCUCCGGUUGAAGGCCAGGCCAAAGGCUCUCGGCUUGCCCCUUUUAGCCUGGACCAUGGAACCUUGUCAUGGGAUUAUGAAAGCUUUCCCCAAAGUUAAAAGAGCCAGAAUUUCUCAGGGAAAGGAUUCUCCUCUUUUAAAGAAGAAAGCUGAUACAUUUGAUGUGACAGGAAAUAUAUUUAGAAACACCUCAGUCUACAUCCUGCCUGCUGGAAUCGGAAAUGCGAGAUGUGAAAUCUUCCAAAAUCAAAUUCAACAGAAUGGAGGCCGGACAGAGAGGUCGUUGUGUACAGGUGUCACUCAUGUUGUUGUUGAUGACAACAUGGAGCAAGACCGAGCUCUGCGCCUCCUUAAGGUGGAUGCAAUGCCCCCUGGCGUCCAUCUAGUGAAAUGCAGUUGGCUAAGCGGCUGUAUUAGUGAGAAGCAACUCUUGGAAGAAACAAGCUACAGCAUCAUUUUAACAAAAAGCGAUCUUGAGACUCCACAAGAAAAUAACCAUUUGUUGGACGACAAACCCACAGCUGAAAUUACUGUAAAGCCAGAGUGUGAUCAAAGCAAGGAAGAAGAGAAAAUAGACACGGGUGGAGCAGACAAAAAAGAAGUGGUGCGAGGAGAAGAUGACGGUGUCUCUCAGAUACACCUGGAAGCUCUAAUCACUGGCCAGCACCCAAAAGAUGAGACUCCUGGGCUCAGCCUUGAUCCUGGUCCUGACACUGCCACACAUACGGUGGUGUCAGGGAAGUGGGUCUGUGCCCAGUCUUCUCAAUCCAAAAGUAAUAACUUCAACAAACACCUCACUGACAAACUCGAGCUGCUGGCCAAGGCUUAUACACACCAGGGGGACAAGUGGAGGGCACUGAGCUACUCCAAGGCUGUCAAUGCACUGAAGAGCUAUCACAAGACCGUUACAUCCUAUCAGGAGGCGUGUCUUAUACCAGGAAUUGGCAAGCGCAUGGCGGACAAAAUAGAUGAAAUUAUGGAAAGCGGUCAUCUGCGCAAACUAGAUCACAUUGGGGAGGCUGUGCCAGUAUUGGAGCUUUUCACAAACAUCUGGGGUGCAGGAACCAAGACAGCACAACUGUGGUACCAACAGGGAUUCCGUACUUUGGAGGAUGUUCGCACCAAAGCCCACUUAAGCCAUUCUCAGAAAAUAGGACUCAAGCACUAUGACGACUUUCUGGACAGAAUGCCCAGGGAAGAAGCUGCAGCCAUUGAGAAAGUGGUAAGGGAUGCGGCCCUGGGUAUAGAUUCCGGCCUUGUGGCAAUGGCUUGUGGCUCCUACCGCCGAGGGAAGACCACAUGUGGAGAUGUUGAUGUUCUGAUAUCACACCCUGAUGGGAAGUCCCACAGGGGUAUUUUUAACAAAGUGCUUCAGGUCCUCCAUGACAGCGGCUUUUUGACUGAUGACCUGGUGAGCCAUGAGGAAAAUGGAGAUCAGAAGAAAUACAUGGGUGUGUGUCGUCUGCCAGGACCAGACCGCCGCCAUCGUAGGUUGGACAUUAUUGUGGUGCCCUAUCAAGAGUUUGCCUGUUCUCUAAUGUAUUUUACAGGCUCUGCACACUUUAAUCGCUCAAUGAGAGCCCUGGCGAAAACCAAAAAUAUGAGCUUGUCAGAGCAUUCGCUUAACAAAAGUGUAGUACGCCAAGGUAGCGCCAAGGUGCAUGCUGGCACACCUCUACCUACACUUACAGAGAAGGAUGUGUUUAAUCUGUUGGGUAUACCAUACAGAGAGCCUGGUGAAAGGGACUGGUGAUGGUUUCUGGGACAUUUGAACUCUUCACAACAGAUUGUUGAUUCUAGCGCCACCUAUAAUAUUGUCUGCCUCUAGCGGAUUUGUCUGCUUUUUUACACUGUCAUCAUGCACACAUGGAAAAAAACUUGCUUCAGAAAGUUUGGUACUCAAGCUUAAUGAACAUGCACAUGAAAAAAUAGAUUGUUUUUAUUUGCACACUAUUUUACUCAGCUAAUACAAUGAACACAAUCUUAAAUCAUGGAACCUGUCACUAAUAAAAUAUUUUAAACAAAGUACAUGAAAUCAAAGUGGAAUAUUUAAUACAAACACUAUUUUUUGCUAAAUAUUUCUCUUUGUCCCCUUGAAGUGACUGUUCUAAUCCCUUUAACAGCUCAGUACACUGAAAAGUGUCACACAGUAUAUGGUAGGUACAAAGGGAUGUUUAUUUGCCUUAAAAUGUGGCUAAGAAUAGUAUGGUUUUAAAUGUUUAUGUGACACUUUUUGUCAUACAAUGGUUUGUAAAGACAAUCAUGUUCAUGUGUAAAAGUGAUUCCCUCAUUAGGACUUUACCCUGGCUGCCUGCUAAUUCACCCUUUGACCAUCUGAGGCUCCUGAUGCUUGUCAAAUACAUUACUGCUGCUGUUGCCAGGCAACACUUCUUCCUGCAUUCCCCUUCGACUUGUCUGAUGUGCAUUCAAGUUGUUACUUGGGCUUCUAGAACCACAAAAGCACGUCUAGCAGUGAGUGUUGCCU